AUGGUGCCUGACGUAGAAGGGACGAGACGCGAGGAGAAUGCGCCGCUGCUGACCCACGAUCUGCCGUCUACCGUUGCGCCGCCGAGGGCUUAUCAAGUCAAGAUCAUCGGUCUAGCAAUGGUCUUUGUUAUUAUCAUCGAGAUCGGUGCAUAUCUCCAGAUCCCACCGUCGUUCCAGCUGAUGGAGGAGAUCAUCUGCCGCAAGCACUAUCCAGACCACAUCAUCUCACAAAGCGGGCACGACGAUGUUUGCAAGUCAGCAGUGGUCCAAGGAGAGCUCGCCAUGAUCAAGGGCUGGCAAACCUCAUUCAGCUGCAUACCGACACUGCUCACGGCUAUCCCCUACGGCGUCAUUGCCGAUAAGUAUGGGCGCCGUCCAGUUUUAUCACUAGCCAUGUUGGGCAGCAUGCUAGAGUUCGUGUGGAGGCUGCAGCCGCUCCUGUGGCCCGACGUCUUGCCCCUCUGGACCGUGUGGUUUGGUUCUGCGUUCCAGUUUAUCGGCGGAGGUACAGGAAUGGUUGGGGCUAUGGUCUGGACAAUGGUUUCCGACAUGCUCCCCGUUUCAAACCUGACGACGGUUUACUUCAGGAUCGGAGCAGUCGCUCUCGGUGGAAACCUCUUCGUCGCCCCUCUCAGUGCAUAUCUGCAAAUCAAGAGCCCUUGGAUGCCUCUCAUAGUUGGCAACAUUCUAUCGGUUAUUGGGACGUGUCUGCCGCCGUUCAUUCCCGAAACGCUCGAGUUGCGCCGCGCUGCUGAUGAGGAGUUCGAGCAGACCCUCCACCGGCCCGAGCAUGGCACGAAGGAUAAACAUACAGUAAAGGAGCAAAGCAUGUUUGCGUUCAAAAACGACAUGGGCCACGUCUAUAAAUUUCUGAUCAAUUCCCGGAGGGUGAUUCCUCUGGUGGCUGGCUUCAACCUGACGCUUAUCGUUAAGUAUGUCAAGGAUGAGAUAAUGUCGCAGUACGUCCAUAACUUGUUUGGUUGGUCCUGGGCAAAGGCCACCCUCGUCUCGACCGUAGCGGUAAUCGCCCACAUCAUCAUGCUGCUUGCCAUCCUCCCGGCGGCGAGCUGGUAUAUCACAAAGCGUACGGCCGUGCAUCCUCUUAUCCGAGACCUCUGGCUCGUCCGAAUGACCGGUAUCCUCAUGUCUCUCGGCUGCUUCAUGGUUGCAGUCGCAUUCGCACCCUGGUUUUUCGUUAUCGCGCUCAUCAUCCUCUCCUUCGGCAUCUCUUAUGCCAACCUCUGCCGAGCGGUACUCAACGCCGUCGUGGAGCCUUAUGCGAUCGGCACGCUCAACACAGCCAUCAGCUGGAUGGAGCAGAUGAGUAUGCUCGUUUCGGCGCCCAUCAUCUCCGGCUUGCUGAAGGCUGGAAACGCGGCAGGAGGUGUGUGGAUUGGGCUGCCGUAUAUGGCGGCGAUGAUGAUGUCGAUUGGUGGCACCGUGCUCGUCUUUUUGUUUCGUUUGCCUGGAGACAAGCUCUUUUGA